GACGAGAGAGCAGAAGAAGAAGAAGACAGGAGCAGAAGAAGAAAACAGGAGAAGAAGAGAGGAGCAGACGAUAAAAGGACGAGACGGUCACAUUUAAUCUCUCUAAUUUUCUGAUGUUUUAACUGAGUAAACGCGGGUGAAACAGCGAUAAAGCUCCAGCAGGUGUCAGCGGUUAGCUAGCUAGCGCGCGUUUCUUCUUCGGGGCUUUUGGUCGCCCGUCUUCUUCGUUGGCUCUGUUGACAGCUCACAGGAAGUCCACAACAUCUCCGUAUUUUUCUUCUGUUUUUGACCCCAUAAAAUAAAGACUUUCACCUCCUCACCGCCGCGCUCGAUGAGAGUAAUGGAGGAAUAUCAUAACGGCAACGAGGGCUCCUUCAACUCUGAGGAGGCUGAUGCCAUUGUUAAAGAGUGUAUCGAGAGCGUUGUCGGGAGUGAUGACUACAGCCAGAGUCUGGUGAACAAAUGGACAGCGAGCAUCGUUGAGCGCUGCCUCACUCAGAUGGUCAAAGUGGGGAAACCAUACAAAUACAUCGUGACGUGUGCUGUGAUGCAGAAAACGGGAGCGGGCCUCCACACAGCUAACUCCUGCUACUGGGACACCGCCAUGGACGGAAGUUGCACCGUCAGAUGGGAGAACCGAACCAUGUACUGUGUGGUCAGUGUGUUCGCUGUGGCUAUCGCAUAGACACACACGCACACACCAUGACCAUCACUACCACCAGAGGAGGAGUGCAGUGUGUUGAUGUGACCAGCAGGGGGCCACAGAGUCACAUCCACACUGCUCGGCUUCAGUUAAAGCUGCAGAAAAGAAACCAGCUGUAUUAUUUUCUCGUGUUUCUGCCUUCAGAUGCAUGAAAACAUCAUCGUCUUAUUGUAUUUAUCUUCUCAUGUCACUGCAGUGCUUUAAUAGUUUCAUUUAACUGAUAUUUAUCACUGAAGCCUGACAGCAUGAAGCAGCUGAAAUCAACACAUCCAGUUUGAUUAUUCUGUGUUUUCUGAUGUUUGUUAUCGUGUCAAUGAGAGGAAGAGGAGAGUUUUGUACUCAGAACUGCAGGAAAAUAAACAGGAAGAGAUUUA